CUGUCGCUGGUGUGUCCUUAGAUGGGAGACUCUCCACCAGGUAGUCAGCACCAUGAGGAAACAGAGCAGACCCUGGAGGAGCUGCAGGAGGAGCUAGAGAAACUGAUAGAGGAUUUGGAAAAUGUAUCAGUGGAGCUGACCUGGAUGACCUAUGACAUGGUGGUGUUACGCACUGCCCCCGAGCCGGUGGAGGGUCUGAGGAGGCUGAAGGAGGAGGCUCUGAAAUGCUGCGCCACGCUGGGCGUGCUCUGGCAGGAGGACGUGGGAGAGCUGCCACCGCCCGGGGUGCCAGGACCAGACCUCACCUGCGCGCCCGCGCCGCCCUUUCCCGUCUAGCCACAGGAGAGCGCUCUCCCCUCCAGUCUCUGCGGUAGAGACAUAGAUAUCAACUGCGGUUCUUUGUUGAUGGUCCUUUGUUGUUUGGAGAUUUAGGUCAAGACAGACACUGGCAUAUUUUGUUAUUUGUUUGCUCAAUAAAUAUUUCAAGAUCA